AGAGACAGUUGCAGAACAAAUAUGUGUUUGUUUAUUAUAAUGCUUUGAAGAUUAUCAGUAGGGAUUAAAAUACGAACCACAUUCGGUUUAGGGACUUCAUGAACCAUCCCUGACUUCAGGCAAUCUAAGGUCCUAUAAGAGUCCAGCAUUAACGCCUGCAGGCUGUCCGGCGGUAUGGAGAAACGGCAGCAGAUGAAAGCCAUCCUUCAGCGGUGCAUAGACGCUCACAAAGACGAGCUGCACAGUCUGAGUCGAGACAUUUGGAGCGACCCUGAACUCGCCGGUAACGAGAAACAUGCGCACGACCGGCUUGUUCGCUUCUUCUCUCAGGGGGACCAGACAUGGACGGUCCAGAGUAACUACAAACUUCCGACUGCGUUCAGGGCCAGCUGGGGUCCGGUUGGUGGCGGGGAGGGGGAUCCAGUGUUGAAUGUGGGUUUCCUGUGCGAGUAUGACGCACUGCCCGGGAUCGGGCAUGCAUGCGGGCACAACCUGAUAGCAGAAGUGGGCGCUGCGGCCGCUGUGGGGUUGAGGGCUGCUUUAGAAAGCCAGACUGAGCUUUCUGUCCCAGUGAAGAUAACUGUUUUGGGAACUCCUGCAGAGGAAUCGUUAGGAGGAAAGAUUGAGCUAAUCAAUGCUGGGGCCUUUGCUGACAUUGAUCUCGUCUUCAUGGCUCAUCCAGCCCAGCAGGAUGUUUCAUUCCAGCCCUGUGUCACAAUCGAAGAGAUGUUAGUGAAGUACUACGGGAAGGCAUGUCAUGCAGCUGCUUACCCUUGGGAGGGAGUGAAUGCCCUGGAUGCUGCUGUACUGGCCUAUAACAACAUCUCUGUACUCAGACAGCAGCUCAAACCAGACUGGAGGCUUCAUGGCAUCAUCAAACAUGGAGGAGAGAAGCCCAACAUUAUCCCAGCCUACACUGAACUAGAGUUCUAUUUGCGCACCCCGUUGCUAAAGGAGCUUCAUGAUCUGAAGGCCAAAGCUGAAGCUUGCUUCAGGGCGGCUGCUGAGGCGACGGGUUGCCAAGUGGAGAUCAUCUACCCAACUCCUGCCUGCUAUAACAUUCUGCCUAAUGCCACACUGACGAGUCUGUAUGAAAGUAAUGGAAAAGAUUUGGGGAUUCACUUUCCAGAGCAGCCAGCCAGCUUCUGUGGUUCUACAGACUUUGGCAAUGUGUCAUUCAUAGUCCCUGGUAUCCAUCCUUUCUUCUAUAUCUGUACUGAUGCAUUAAACCAUACAGAGGAAUACACCAAAGCAGCAGGAGCUGAAAAGGCCCAGUUGUACACCCUGAGGACAGCCAAGGCCCUGUCUAUGACAGCUGUGGAUUUAGUGUGCUGCCCUGAUCUGCUUAAGCAAGUGAGAGAUGACUUUAGACUGGCCAAACUGAAACAGAAGUGACUGGAAGACAGAGACACAGCUUUGAGAACUCCCUAAACUGAUAUUAGAAAUACUUAUAGGAAAAAUUACAAGGUAUUAGGGACAAUUUUGUCAAUCUGUAUAUUUCUGGUUUGGUAUCUUUUCCAAUGAAUGCAGUUCUUUCAUGCUCACAUUGAUACCUACAACCAAUUUAGAAUCACCAAUUAUCCGUGCAAUCCAUGCAUAUCUUUGGACUGAGGGUGGAAGAGUACCCAGAGAAAAACCAGACACAGGGAGAGCAUGUAAACUCCACACAGAAAGGUCCAAGCCUCAAUUUGAACCCAGGACCUUCUUGCGUAUUUUGUAAGCUAAGAACUUAGUGUUAGAAAGAGAACCCCAACAAUCAGAUGAUCCCCCAUGACCAAGCACUUGGCAACAGUGGGAAGGAAAAACUCCCUUUUAAUGGAAAGAAACCUCCAGAAGAACCAAUCACAGGGAGGGGCAGCCACCUCCCACGACAGGUUUUGGGGGUGAGGGGAAAGAAGAGAAAAAAGGAGAGCAUAGGGGAGACAGGACAAAGCACAAACUAUGAGAGCAAGAGAACCAUUUAAUUACAUGCAGUACUGGUCUAUAAACACCCGGGGAGUGUGGUAGAAGUGCAUCAUGGGAAGUCUCCCAGCAGACUGAGCUUAUUGGAUCAUAACUAAGGGAUGGCUCAGGGUCACCUGAUCCAGACCUAACUAUAAACAUUAUCAAAAAAAGUUUUAAGCCUAAUCUAAAAUGUAGAGAGGGUGCCUGUCUCCCAAAUCCAAACUGGGAGCUGGUUCCACAGGAGAAGUGGCUGAUGGCUGAAAGCUCAGUGAACCACAAGUAAGCCUGCAGUUGGAGAGCAAAGUGCCCUAUUAGGAUAAUAUUGUACUCUGAGGUCUUUAAGAUAUGCAAGACUUUGCACGUGAGAAGAAAGAUUUAAAAUUCAUUUUUGAAGGAGCCAAUGAAGAGAAGCUAAUAUAGGAGAUCUCUCAUUCUGGUCCAAAUCAAUAGUCUCGCUGCAGCAUUUUGGACAAACACGAAUUUACUGAUGAUGAUAUUGGAAUUUAUUUUUGGGAUAUACUCCCACAUCUUUGCCAGCUUUCCACCAUGAACCACUAAAUAAAAUGAGUCUAAAAUGUAUCAACUCUAUCCAUGGAUAGCCUUAUUGUACUUGAUUUGACGAUCACACUACCUCUCUCAGUCAUUGAGGUUUCUAGGCAUACUUUCAUCAGCUGCACAGCUUGAUUAAAAAUCUUGGCUCCCUAGAGUGGGCACAGAUGUGGUGGAAAAUCAGGUUAUGGACAUCUUUUUUUUUUGAUGCUUUAUCCUUUUCUGCUGGCUUUGAUGCAGUGAUGCCUUUGUUCGCAUUUUUCUUGAUAGAAGACGGCACAGAAAGUUUAAAUUGACACCUUUGGGAUGUUGCUUAGAUCAACAAAAACAUAUGUCAGCAUAAUCCACACUCACACCUUCCUCUCAGGAAAGCCUUAAUGUAAUUGUAUAUGUAUAUACCCAUUUACACAUGAGCGGAUAAUGGCAUUACAGAACAUCCAGUGUAUAUGAUUUGUUUUGAAUGCUCAUCAGCAGUCAGACAUGUGCCAGAGAGAGAAGAAAGACCUUGAAGCUGGGAGCAACCCAGUGACUAAUAACAGUGAAGGCUUAUCCUCCAGGACUGUUUAAAUACACUGUAUAAUUAAGCAGAAAUAUAUGAAAAAAAAAAUCUGGAACCUUGGAAGCUUCUGGUUCAAAUGAUCCAAAAUCUGUUGUGUGAAUGUGUUUUUUAGGUUCUUUGUUACUAUUGCAUUUAAAAUGUAUAAUGCUGUGCCUACGAUGUUCAGCACUCAGGAUCAGAUUUUCAGAAACCAAAACAUUUAUUAAACAUUUUCCCAUA